GUUUUCGGUGAGACAAUGUGACGUCACUCACAUUCGGAUAAGGACACGGACCACGCACAGGUUCGGACUAUUGUAGACGGGCUCUUACAGUUAUAACCGGUAACUAUUAGAUUCAAUCUUGUAUUAAAAAAAAAAAAAUUAUAGAUUGUGAGGGUUUGGAAAAUGUUGUACAUUAAAGGCCCGUCUACAAUAGUCCGAACCUGUGCGUGGUCCGUGUCCUUAUCCGAAUGUGAGUGACGUCACAUUGUCUCACCGAAAACUGCCCUGUCCACAAUUGUGAUGUUUCGAUGUCCGAAUGUAUUGAUUUCUAAAGUUGCUACCAGAGCGCAGUAAAUGUGCUAAACAAAAUGUUUUAGUUUAUUGCUUUGAUGCUUUGUAGUUUGAGAUUGAAAUUUUGAAAGUUGUGGGAGUUCAAUUUUAUAUAUUUAUUCAGUAAGGCAAAGUAGCAAAUGUAAAUGCUAAAAAAUGAACUCAUAUAACAGCAAUCGAACAGCACUAAUUUAAAUGUCGUCUUGCUCUUCUUGAAUUACCACACCUUCCAUUUCCUUCAAUAACAAAAACAAACACCACGUUUUCAAACGGGAAACGGAAAUUCAAAUAUCGUGAGUGUUCUGUUCUUUUUCUGUGCCCGAAGUACACAGGUUGGGACAAAAAGUUAAAAUUGACGAAUGUCUUCGGACCAGGUAGAUUCGGACCUUCGUCCAAUUGACGCAUGAGGUCAGAGGGUCACGUGGACCAAUCAGCGACGAGUGUCCUUCGGACACAUUUUAGGACAUUGCUAUUGUAGAUGGGCCUUAAUUAACGGCAGUGAUGCCAACUUGGGGUUUUUCCCCCCAAAUUUAGGGGUAAUCAAGAUGUACAGGUGUUUUUUUAGGGGGCACAUUAUUCCAGAAUUUUUUUUGAGAGCGUGAAAUCAAAGUGUAAAUCUUGAAAAAAAUUAAUAAAUAAAGAAAAGCAUGUAAAAUGACACAAAACAAUAAUUUUUAAACUGAGAUAACGCUCAAGUGAACCCAAAAAACCACGAACUCAAUACAAAAAAAAACGUACGACUCUAUACAAUUUAUAUUAAGCCUCGAACCCAACCAACCAACUAAACCAAACAUAAACUCCAAGCGCGGCUAUAAAUAAAAUAUCAGAAAUAAUAGCUGAACGGUCAGUGUGCUUGUAAAAUGCACCCACGUAAAUACAACAGCUAUUUUAUACUACUUGAAUGUAUUUUAUAUUUAUAUUAGAAAUAACCUCUCAAACAGAGUGUACGACAAAAACUUUAGGGGUUUUUAAUCGAAAUCUAGGGGGAUUUGAUGUUGGUCCUAGGGGGAACACUCUGUAGGAGUUGGCAACACUGAUUAACGGGUAAGAUUUGCCCCCGUGCUCUUAGUUAUUGAUAGACGUCUUUGAGCUGGACUCGUGUAUAGUAACAAAUAUACACUUUUACUUGUGCUAAUCAGGAUGGGAAGCGUGGUUAUAUGAUGGUUUUGGGAAGGAAAUAUAUAUGAAAAUAAUAAUUCACACAAGUUAUGUUUAUAAUAUAAUUUUCCGGUAUUGUAAACUAUAAUUUUAUUCUCCCCCCCCCCCCCCCCCAAAUGUAUUCUAUUUUUCGAUACCAAUAUUUCAUUUUCAUAGAAAUAAUACCUGCAGCCAGUGAAAUUUUACGCAGUAUCGUGAAAUAUACAACCGUGUUAUAUUUGUUACAAAUGUUCAUGAUUCUCAAACAUUAAUGUUACGGUAAAUGUCGUUAAUUAUGAGGAAUAUAAUACCAGUAUAGUAAAAUAGAAUAGUCAAGGUAGAACUGUAUUUUACUAUACAUUACUAAUAAAAUAUUAUUUGUUAAUUUCUCAUUUUCAAAAAUGUUAGUACCGGUAUCUGAAACUAUAAUAGACGAAAAUAUGUACUACUUAGUAGUGGGUGUGGUGCGUUAUUAACCAUAUUACCAGUAGAAGAAAAUAUAUCAGCUUCAAGUUGAUCACCUCCCAGUUUGUAAAUACUUGUCCUUGAAAAUACAGUUGAGUGCUCCAGACAACACAAACUGCAAAAUUUGAGUGAUGUUAAAACAUAAACUAAAAUAUGUAUAUGUGUUGUUAAUAUACCUACCACCAUACAAAAACAUAUAUUCUUCAUGUUGAGCACCAUCCAGAUUAUAAAUACUCGCCCUUAAAAAUGCCUGUUGAAAGCUCCUGACAACACAAACUGCCAAUUUAAAGGGUUGUUAAAUCGUAAGCUAAAAUAUGUGCAUUAUAGUAGUAAUGCAUUCAUUUAUGUACAUACAUACCACUAUAUGUUUGUUUCUGUUAUAAAUUUAUACAAAAUAUGUUGAUUGCCUUAUGUUUUUGAAAAAAUUGGGUAAUUGUUCUGUAUCACGUAUCCAAUUUUAUCCCUUGAUGGUAUGAUCCUGUAAACACUGAUCCUGUGGUACGUGAUGCUCGCUGUUUUAAUUUAGUACGUCGAAAGAUCCCGAUAACUGGUGCGUUUUAUGAUUCCAUAACAUUACUAAUGAUGUCACCAAGAUGGCGUCGCUUACGUCAUUACCACCCCAACAUUCUUAUGGGACAAGCGUGGGAAUAUGGGGGUUUUGGGUGGGGAACUAUAAACACACUAUUUCUCAUGUAUAAAAUUUUUUACAAGGUUCCCACGCUCCUUGAAAGUACUUGAAAAGUGCUUGAAAUGGUUUGAAGUAAUCAAGGGCCCUUAAAAGUUCUUGGAAAAAUAUUUAGGUGCUUAAAAGUGCUGGAUAAAAUUUACACUAGUUGUAAGAGUUAUAAUUACGUUAUAUUUGUUUGGGACAAGUGAAAAGUGGGGCACCACAAUUUAAUUUUACGAUAUUUAUGGUAUGUUCAAAUAGUUGUCACAUAGAUUAAUGCCCCGUUUUUCGACGACAUACGAUAAGAUAUCUUCUAUGUACUAUUUUUAUCGGCAGUUAUGGUGUCAUCAAUGUUUUUGUUCUGAUAAAAGUUCGGUAAAAUGUUAAACUCAGCCAGUUUGCAAUGUUACUGUUCCUCCGAUAAGCUUUUAUCUUUCUGUUUAAGUAAUAGACAGAAAAAAAACAAACAAUUCUGCACGUGUUCAAAAUAUGUAUACGUACUAAAAUUAUUUCAUAAUAUUUGGGUCCUUGAAAUUUUUGAAAAUGUCCUUGAAUGUGCUUGAAAAGUGCUUGAAUUUUUUUAGCUAAAAGGAGUGGGAACCAUGUUUUAAAUAUUAUGUUUCAUCUGUAUCGUUAACUUCACUAUGAUUUCACGAAUUUCAUGAAUUUUAAACUUGUCCUAUUUACUAUAAAACUUUAUGAUUCUGAAAAAUAAAAGUUGUGAGAGACGUGAAUUAUAAAGAAUUAAAGCCGGCACUACACUAGAACGGAUGAACUGUAGUCUACUUCAUGAUACUGCAGUCAUUUUUUCUAUUUUUUAUUAUUUUCAUUUUUUAUUUACCGGUAUUGCAAAAUACAAUAGACCAGUUGGGACUUGAGUCUUCUUCACAAUACCGUGAAUAUAUUUCUUAUGAAUUCGUACUUUUAAUACAUUAAUAAUCGAUAUUGCUAAAUACACUAUACCGGGUGGGUACUGUAGUCUACUUCACGAUACCGCGAUUCUUCCCCGUUUUAGCACAUACAAUAGACAGCGUGGAACUGCAUUCUACUUCUUUAUAACUGUGAAAUUUUUUUUUAAAAAAUUAUUUCUUUACAAUUUAAUUACCAGUAUCACAUAAUAGACUAUACUGAAUGUGACUGUAUUUUACUUCAAAAUACCCAUGGAAUAUUAUCUCGAAACAUCGUAUUUAUAAUUAAUCAAAUACUGGUAUCACAAAUUACACUCCAGUCUAUUUCAUGUUACAGUGAAGUUUUUUCUUGUAAUAUUAUCUUCCAUAAUUUAUUGACUGUAUCGCAAAUUAUACUACACAGCAAAAAUUUUAUUGGAAAAGUCUCUGUUUCACCACAUAAAAUACCAAUUUCCCUAUGAAACCUUACUUGUAAUUAAAUCUAUUGUAUGAUUACCUAUAUAAAUAUUUCACCUCAAUUAAAUACGCAGUUGUCACCUAACACACAACAAUACUUACACAUAAAACAUUUAAAAAUCACAAAAACUUUGCAUCCAUUCAACCCCACUUACCUUUCUUGUUUUUACUGCAGUGAUUCUAUACUAUCAAUUUUUUUCUUACAGUUGCAUUAUUCACACCAAAUCCAUUUUCCAUUUCUCCAUUUCAUUUUCCUAUCUCGCGAUAUGCUAACCCUUAUGUAGUUUAUUUAUGAUUAAUUCGUAAUAUUAAACUAAUAAGACAGCUCAUUGAGCUAUUUCACAGUAAUAAUAAUUGUGCUAAGUACAUUUUAACAAUUCAAAAUUCUACCAAUUCACCUUUUUUAAAUAUGCUAAUUGAAUAUUACCUUAUAAUCAUACUUUUAUAAAUUGUAACAAACAAAUAUUUUACCAAGCGAGACAAAGAAACAAGCAUGUUUAAAAACGUGUAAGUGGGCAUUGACGUGGUACCUGCUAUGGUCGCCAACCCGCUAAUAUCCGUCCCCGCUGGGGCACGCACCCUCGAUCAUGUCCGCGCAGGGCCGCUGCCCAGUGAAUCCCUACCCCCGUAAGAAUGUAUGUGUCAUUUUAAUCUGGUAAAAUUCCCAAAAAGGAAAGUUCACUGUAAGAAUGUGUGUGGCCCCUUCAACGCAUUAUAGUAAAUCAACACUCAUUAUUUGUGGGUAUCGCCUUCAGCACUAUUUGAUGGGGGAAGUUUAAGUAGGUAUGUAAUAUUAAAUGGCAUGGUCCAAGCAAGUUUAAAAGAAUCUUCCGUUAGACUCUAGCAGCCAAUAAUUAUUCAUGACAUAAUCACGUAAAUCAUUAAACCUUUUAAAUUAAUGUUCAAUGCCGUUUAAUUGUAAAGGAAUGCUGUAAGACUCUUAGUUUGUAAGUGUAAAUAAAAGUAGUUAAGUUUUGUUUGCAUGUAAUUGGCGGGAGAGCAUGCUUCCGCCCCUCUCGCGCCCCUUCCCCAUCUCUGGCAGUCUGCAUCCAGCCUCCGUUCAGAGCUCAUGCGUUGAGCGUCGCGGGAGAGCCUUCAAAGUUGAAACUUUGAGCGAUUCGUUCUGUUCCAUGAGUAAUUAAACUGGAGCCGUGGUCUACGCUAACCGCUGUGACUCCGAACCAUUUCACAGGAGGGAUUAACCUUCUGCAGCUGCAGCUCACCGCCAGGUGACUCCCGUGUGCGGCACUAGCCGACUCCCGUCCGAGAUCUGCGGAUGGCGACAGAACGCACGUGCCUCGAGGAUCCAGUGAGGCUGGAGCCGUGUGACGGAGGGUUGUCGAGCGUGAAGGAGGAGGUCAAGAGUGAAGACGAGGCAGAUUGGAGUACUGCUCCAGCCAUGACUGUGACAGGGCCCAGCAUCAAGGUGAAGGAGGAAAUGACCUUUGAAGAUGGCGUAUUGAUCGGACAGCUGGAAGGAACUUUGUCACUUGCAGAGCACGGACGAAGCAGUGACUUGUGCAAGCAGGAAGGGGGGACCGUGGUUGCAAGAGACACGGAACCAGCCGUGAAUGAUCACGAGAUGACAGCUCAGUCCAGUCGCUCAUUUCAGCCGGCUCAUUUGGAGAUGUUGAGACCGAGUGUGGAGGAGAAAGGCACAGAAACAAGAAAGUCAGUGAAUCUCAAAGAAAGUGCAUUUGUGAUUCCCAACAAAAUCAGUGGUAAACACAACACUAGGAAUCCCUUCACAUGUUCAGUAUGUUCUGCUACAUACACUUCCCAGGGUGUUCUUAAUAGACACUUUAUGAAACACACUGGGGAGAGACCAUUCUCAUGUUCAGUAUGUUCUGCUACAUUCACUCAAAAGAGUUAUCUUUGUAGACAUUCAAUGAAACACACUGGUGAGAGACCAUUUGCAUGUUCAGCAUGUUCUGCUACAUUUGCUGAAAAGAGUUGUCUUCGUAGACACUGUAUGAAACACACUGGUGAGAGACCAUUCUCAUGUUCAGUAUGUUCUGCUAGGUUUACUUCUAAGAGUGAUCUUUGUAGACACUCAAUGAAACACACUGGUGAGAGACCAUUCACAUGUUCAGUAUGUUCUGCAAGGUUUACUUCUAAGAGUGAUCUUUGUAGACACUCGAUGAAACACACUGGUGAGAGACCAUUCACAUGUUCAGUAUGUUCUACUACAUUCACUCGAAAGAGUGAUCUUUCUAGACACUCAAUGAAACACGCUGGUGAGAGACCAUUCACAUGUUCAGUAUGUUCUGCUACAUUUGCUGAAAAGAUUUGUCUUCGUAGACACUGUAUCAAACACACUGGGGAGAGACCAUUCUCAUGUUCAGUAUGUUCUGCUACAUUCACUCAAAAGAGUUAUCUUUGUAGACACUCAAUGAAACACACUGGUAAGAGACCAUUCGCAUGUUCAGUAUGUUCUGCUACAUUCACUCAAAAGAGUUAUCUUUUUAGACACUCAAUGAAACACACUGGUGAGAGACCAUUCACAUGUUCAGUAUGUUCUGCUACAUUUGCUGAAAAGAUUUGUCUUCGUAGACACUGUAUGAAACACACUGGGGAGAGACCAUUCUCAUGUUCAUUAUGUUCUGCCACAUUCACUCGAAAGAGUGAUCUUUGUAGACACUCAAUGAAACACACUGGUGAGAGACCAUUCGCAUGUUCAGUAUGUUCUGCUACAUUUGCUGAAAAGAGUUGUCUUCAUAGUCACUGUAUGAAACACACUGAGGAAAGACCAUUUUCAUGUGCUCUGUGUUCAGCUAAGUUUGCUGAAAAGAGUAAUUUGAGGAUUCACAUUAAGACAGUACACUUAGCUGUGUAGGCUUUUACAAGUAGUUAGCAACAGAAAAGGAAAUUGCAAAUCGUGGCAAUUGAAAUGGCUUAGUAAAUACAUAGAAUUUAAAAAAAAAAUGGGAUUCUAUUUAAGUAAGUUAAGAUUUUUUCGUAAUAUUUCACUACAUGUUGUGUUAUUGAAAAUGGAUAUAAUGGCACGAUAAUACUUUAUGUUUCGCAUUUUCAAUCAUUUUAGUGUUUAUUCAUUAAUGAACUGCAAACACUUGUUGCUUAUUUUGAAAGUAUAAAUGAGAUUUUCAUUUGAUCUUAUUUAAUUGAUAUUUCAUUAUUUUCAAUAUUGCACUUUUAUUUUUAUAAUUUCUAUGCAUAAGUGAAGUUAAACUUUUUGAGUACUUAACAAUUAUGUAGCACCUUUAAAAGUGGAAGUAUAUUACUGAAACACCCAAAUAAACUGUUCACAAUUUUUCGUAAAAGUGUUGAAAUAGUGCGAUGUGUAGUUUUUUCAAAACUUGACAAUGCCGCGUGGCAACACUGCAUAGCACAGAUUACAUCAAGCUGCAAGGUUGCUGUGGUUCACCUGUUGUUGCGUAAUAAAUGGACAACGGACAUCUUGCACGGUAUUUGUUAGUGUGUGAUCAUGUGAGAAUGACGUUGAAAUAUUUACAGAAUAUUUGGGGUUUUGUUCACAUAAGGUUGCUGAAAAAUUUCUAAAAUGAUUAACAUACCUAAGAUUUGGUAAAUUAUGCUGCAGGAAGAAAGUUCGGUCGCUAUGUGACAGAAGGAAAAAAAUUAAUAUUGAGUGAUGGUAGUAUUGUAAUAAUUAUUAUAAUUUUAUAUGUGAGCAUUUGUUGUGUCUGCUUCUUCAGCAAUUUCUCAAAUUAAUUUGGUUGCAUUUUUUGUAACAUAGCAUUUAAACUAGUGCAUUUAAGGACUAGUGCAUUUUACAAUUCCAUAACAUUACUAAUGAUGUCACCAAGUUGGCAUUGCUGACAUCAUUACCACCCCUACAUUCUUAUGUGACAAGUGUGGGAAAAUGGGGGUUUUAAGCAGAGAUGUAUAAACACACUUUUUCUCACAUAUUAUAUUUUUUGAAUAUUAUGUUUUAUAUGUAUCGUAAACAUCACUAUACCUAAUCCCCUACGCUCUAAACUAUUUUGCAAUACUGAAAUUUCUUUAUCACAGUAUUUCUGUAAAUUAUAUUAAUGACAUUGGUAUCAUGAAUCAUAACAACGUGACCUAUUUAUUGGAGAACUUCAUGAUUCUGAAAAAUAAAAUUUGUGGGAGACGUGAAUUAUAGAUAAUUAAAACCAGUAUCGUAAAAUACACUACAACGGGUGAGACUGAAUUCUACUUCUCUAUUCCUAGAAAAUAUUUCAUUAGCAAACAAUCAAUGUCUGUAGACAUUAUAAAUUACUGUUGUAUUGUGAAAUAUAACAGCGCACCCAAUGUAUGAGAAAUCUUCAUGAUACUGAAAAAUUAAAGGCGCGGGAAUCGUGAAUUACAUUGAAUUAAAAAGUUAUCGCAAAAUACAGUAGACCGGGCGGGACUGUAGUGUACUUCACGAUACCAUGAAUAUUUUUGCUAUUAGUUAUUACUAUCAAUAAAUUAUUUACUGGUAUUGCAAAAUACAAUAGACAGGUCGGGACUUUAGUCUUCUUUACAAUGCAGCAUUAUAUUUCCUAUAAAUUCGUACUUUCAAUAUAUUAAUUAUCAAUAUCUCCAAAAUAUUCUAUACUGGGUGAGGACUGUAGUCUCUUUCACGGUACCAUGAUAUAUUUUUCCUAUAAAACUUUUUUUUUUUCCAAAUAUUUUUUCCCCGUUUUAAUACAUAUAAUUAGGGCCAAUGAAAAAUUGUAAAUAAAAAAGGCCCAUUUCAGUGAAUAGAAAGAGUUAUUUCGGUGAAAAAUAAAUUGUUUAGUUUGAAAAAAUAAAUAUUUAAGUAAUUAUAAUUUUAUACACACAUAUAUUUGAUGGAAUUAUUGUUUUAUUUGGUCAAAAUUUAUCAUUAACAAUGUUUUAAAGUACAACAUGUACAUCUAAAGUUUAGCACAAUGCAUUUGUAAUUAAAAUUCUCAAGAUUACAUACAAAAAAAAUUGGAAACUUAUCAGAAACGUUAGUGGCUCAAGUCCAUUUCGACUAUCUCUGAAAAUAAGCUAUUAUAUAUUUCCUGCAAACUAGUUCUCACCAAAACACAUUGCUAGAAUUAUUUCCAUGUUUUCCGCCCCCAAAAAUGUGUGUUUAUCACUCAUUAUGUUGCUGUACACUGGAAGCCAGAGACACUUGAUCGCACUGUCUGAGAAUUCUGGAUAGUCAUUCUUCAACGACAGUAAAACUCAUAGCAUGUCUGCUUUCCCAAUUUCAGACUUCAGAACGGCAUGUUUUGUUGCUGCGUAGCCCUCCAAAAACUGUUGAAACGUGAGAUCUCGAAGUAAAGGCACAGCUUGGACUCGAUUCUGCAAGUUCACUGUAUCAAUUUCUGGCCCUCUUGAAAUCAUUUCCCGUGGAUUGAACAAGAAGCCUGUGUUCUCCAAGAAUGAUUUUGCAGGAUCCCCUCCCAUCAAUGAUGACAGUUUUAGAAAAGAUUUCUGGUCAGUCACAGCAAGUUUUGCUCCUGUUGCAGCUUUUAGACAUGCAGCAGAAUUCAACAAUUUUGCUGUCUCUCCACCCAAAUUUCUGUCACUGACAACCUUGAACCCUGUCUUUAAAUCAGACAGUUUGCACACAGUUUGUGAGCAAAUGGAUAUGAUGAACCUUCCAGACAUUCCAACAGAUCAACAGUUUUUUUUUGCAAUACUCUAUCACAAAUUUUGCCUCACAUUGCAAAACUAAAACCAGAUCGUUGCUCAAGCUUUUGAAGUACUCUGUUGCAUAAGCACCAUCAAAAUCUUGCUGUCUAUAAUGAACUAGGUACUGUCAUGUCCACCAUUUUGGCCUCGGCUGGUAUGAUAGCACAAGCCCCAAGUGCGCCACCCCUCCUACACAAUCUAUGGGGAGGAAAGUUAGUUCGCCACCCGCCCCUAGAUGGCAGACAAAGGGGAAUGUAAAUUAAGGUAACUUUGUCUACCUGCCCAGCCUAAUUCAGGCCAAUUAUGUAAAUACCCAGUGUUGUGUCAAGAAACCUGUUAAUUAUACAAGUGAAUGUAAAGAGUAUUGUAAUUCGAAUAUGUAUGCACAGGAAGGGUACAGAUGUGCCCUCCCUGAUGAAUAUGUACAUACCUUGUAUAUUUACUCUGGCUAAGCUAAGCCAGGCAGAAAGCUCUUCCCAGUAAUUCUGGGUCAAUAAAAGUGACCGAAUACUUGAGCAGUAUUGUUUUAGGCAGCGACCUCCCUGGAGGACCGCUCCUACCCCCACCCCCUCUGGUAGGUAGCGACCUCUCUGAAGGACCGCUCCUACCCCUUCCCUCCUCUGGUAGGCAGCGACCUCUCUGCAGGACCGCUCCUACCUCUCCCUUCUAUUGGGCAGCGACCCCUGCUCGGGGACCGCUCCCGCUCCUCCCUGUGCCCCUCCCAGCAGCCCGGGACAAGUCAAUUUGGCGCCCAACGUGGGGCCAGUCAGCUUGGAUAACCUGAGGACCACGCCCUGCCUCUACGAGAGCUAUCAGCACAGCCAGAGCCACAUCCACUUCCAGGAGUGCAGAAAACACCUGGUGGCGCCCAACCCAACUGAAGGAUGUCUUCUGGAUCCUGUGCCGCACCUCGCUGCAGUGCACCGGAUGGACCCAGCAUUCCCUGUGUAUGCUGCAAUGCCCAGUUUCACCUACAAUGCCUUGGUAUCGUGGAACAAGUCAGUGAACAGGCAUAUAUCCACAUAUGCCAGCCCUGCAGACACCUUCUGGUAGAGAAGAAGCCAACAGUUCCAGCUCCCCGGCGCUGCUUCGCGCCGAACUGCCCGGAGACAGCCCUAGUUCUCGUCACCUGCCAGGCCUGCCAUCGCGACUACCAUCUCGCCUGUCUAGGCUGGGAAGAUACACCACUGGACCUUGCUGGGAUGUCGUUUACCUGCGCCCAGUGUAGAGUGAAUCCCACUUUACCUUCAAGUACAGGAUCUGCAAGUGUACCUCGGCCCUUUAGAGGGCAGGAUCAUGAGGACCCUGUGCAAUCUGUGCACCAAUGGGAGCAAGCCCUACGGGCACAUGCAAUCCACCCCACCGAAUGGGUGGACCAGAUAGGUCCAUUACUACUUGGGGAAGCCUCUAGAUGGUGGAAUAACCAUGAAGGGCUGUAUGACACCUGGGAAGAGUUCACAGGGGGCUUCCUGAACCAUUUUGGAAACCAAUCAAGACUGGCAAAGCUUACUGCCCAAUUAUAUGGUACCAAACAAAAGGAAGGAGAGGAUUUCGAAAGUUUCUUACUACAGAAAAGGAAACUUUAUAAGAGGCUACACCCAGGGAGAGACCCAAAUGAAUUUCUUCCUACCUUGUUGGAGCUGGUGCGGCCCAACCUACGGCCAUUUCUACGGCAUCCGCCUCCCGAGAAUUUAUCCGAACUUAUGAUUCGAGCCACUGCCGUGCAGCGAGACUGUCUCGAAACUAGGGGCACUGUAACAAGUAAACCUUGUUCACCACCAACCCAGGUACAAGAAUAUGCUACCCCCAACAAAAGGUUGCCGAAGUGUUGGCACUGCCCUGAACAACACUUUCACCAAGACUGCCCAGUGCUCCGCUGCAAACAGUCUGAAAGGAACAGCCUCAACACAGUAGAUCCCUGGAGGGAAAGAGUGGUGCCAACGAGCCCUACCCCUACACCGAAGGUAGAAGACCUCAACUCCCAAGCUCGGCUCGAAGGUAGACCGACCCCGAGCCUUAUGUGCAUACAGCACCACCCACAACAAGAACUGCCAAGAGUCAAGGUGCAACUGGACUCACAGCCCAUUCAGGCGCUUAUCGACUCAGCCGCCACCACUAAUUAUGUGCGCGAGAGUGUUGUGCAGAUAAUAGGGACCCCUAUUAAUUCCCAACCCCAAAUGGCACAGCUUGCCACCCAGGGAUCCACCAUGACCUUACUGGGCAAUGCUGUGGUACAAUGCUGCAUAGCCGAUGUGGAGAUGAAGAUCCCAUGUCUAGUCGCAAAGGACCUUCGAGAAGAACUUGUGCUGGGCCAAGAUUGGCUCACGCAGCAGCAGGCGAUAUUGGACUUUGAAGAUCAAACUAUACACUUCGGACGAACGUCCCGCCGGACUCUUGACUGGGGCACCAAAGGAAUGGGUGACCUGAAUGCCCCUAAUCAAAGUGAUGGUAACCCUAAUCCUGGAAUCUGCACUGAACAACACAGAGACCAACCUAUGGUUGUGUUGACGCAAGGGGACCAGAGACCUCAAGAAACUCCUUCCCUUCGCUCUGCCACAACCAAGCUAAGCCAAAAUAACUCGGGCAGUGGUUUUCAGUGAUGCCAGAAAGGAAGAACCCCAAAGGGGAAAUCGACCAUGCAGUCAUGGAGACAGCCGCUGAGCGGCGCCCUCUCAAAGGCAAGAUGCCACUGGAAGAAAGAGCAUUUUCCAGACCGAGGAAUAUGGUUUCCCCAGAACAGGAUUCACCUGCAGCCAUGGAGACGGAAAACAGAUCUGUCCAAAAACCCCGAACCCCAGGAACCUACUAGCCCCUCUUCACCAGGACAACUACCUCCAGGACCCUACGACCAGGGGAACAGCUGGGCAGACCAGCCCGCUACCGUCUAUCCUCCACAUAGUGUAAUGGCCAGUGUAGAGGAGCCAGCCCUGGGACUGAAGCCCAGCGUGCUGACUCCUGGCAUGUGCAACGAUCCCAGUCAAGGCCACAGAGGGAGGGGGGCGAAUUGUCAUGUCCACCAUUUUGGCCUCGGCUGGUAUGAUAGCACAAGCCCCAAGUGCGCCACCCCUCCUACACAAUCUAUGGGGAGGAAAGUUAGUUCGCCACCCGCCCCUAGAUGGCAGACAAAGGGGAAUGUAAAUUAAGGUAACUUUGUCUACCUGCCCAGCCUAAUUCAGGCCAAUUAUGUAAAUACCCAGUGUUGUGUCAAGAAACCUGUUAAUUAUACAAGUGAAUGUAAAGAGUAUUGUAAUUCGAAUAUGUAUGCACAGGAAGGGUACAGAUGUGCCCUCCCUGAUGAAUAUGUACAUACCUUGUAUAUUUACUCUGGCUAAGCUAAGCCAGGCAGAAAGCUCUUCCCAGUAAUUCUGGGUCAAUAAAAGUGACCGAAUACUUGA